AUGAAGGUGGACGUGGUGCAGGCCACGUCGCUGCUGACGUGGUGGUGGCUGCCGUCGUUCGGGUCGCAGCUGCUGCUCAACGCGUGCUACUCGCUGCGCCUCGUCACGCCUCCAGCGGCGGAUGCGCACCAACGCCGGAACAACCACGCACAACUCGCACGCACCGCCGUCAUCAUUGGCACGCUCGUAUAUCAGCUCGUCAACGCGGCACUUUCUGCGCAACCCAACUACUACCAACUGCUCGGGCUGCCGCUAGAUGUGGACGGCGAAGGAGUCAAGCGGUCCUUCCGCGCCUUGGCACGACGCUACCAUCCGGACAAAGUGGGCGAGCCGGGCGAAGCGAUCUUCAUCGUACUGCGCAAAGCCCACGAUGCGCUGUCUGACCCAGUCAAGCGAUUCGCAUACGACCGAUUUGGUGCCGAGGUGGUGGAGUGGAAGGACUGCGAGUCGGCGCGCGACUUUAUGCGACGCGGCCUCACUGGGCUGGUGGGAUUCUACACGAUCAAUCCUGCGAUGUACGCGCUGUUCGGAUGGAUCAACGGUGGUGGGGACGGGGUGAGCUUCUGGCGGCUGGCGUGUCUGUUGGGAUUGCUUGCUGCGGAGCUGUGCAUGCUGGUGGCACCCGAGUAUCCAACGUGGCUGGCGAUCGGACUGCCCAACACGACGAUCCACGACGCAAGGGUGCUGGCGCACACGCUGUUUGUCAACUUUUUCUUUGCGUCGAUGCAGCUCGGUGCGGCGCUGGACGUGCUCGAGUACGGCGAGCGCGGUGCGCCUGCGAGAGGCAAGGCGCGAAAGGCGCAGCGCGCGCAGGCCGAGAUGGAGGCAGUGCGCGUGCGGACGCAGACACUGGAGCAAGCGAGCGAGCUGAUCUGCAAGACGGCGCUGCACAACUUUGCACGCGAGGUGCAGCCGUUUGCGCCGGCGAGGACGACGGGCAAGGAGGGACCGAGGCAGAUGAGCGACGAGGAGGAGCAGCUGUUUGCGAGCAUCAGCCAGGUGCUGUUGAGCCGCAGCUUGGUGCAGCAGAAUCCGCAGCCGGCUCAGCUGGCGGAGCAGGCGCAGAGAGCAGCCAAGCCGGAGCCCAAGCCGGAGCCCAAGCCGGACGAACAGCUCAGCACAUUCAUGGACAAGGAGGAGCCGCACGAGAAGCAGGUCCAAUCGGAAGCGAUCGGGGCGGAAGAAGAGCCAGUCAAGGCAUCGGAUGAUGCCGAUGCGAUACACACAAAGCAAGAGCCCGGCUCGGCCGGGCUGGCGCCAGCACCGGAUGGAGAAGCGACAGUCAAGGUCGAGGCGGUGGAUGCCUUGCCCGCCGAAGCGAUGAAGGAGGAAGCGGAGGAGCCAGCUGCUGUCUUCGACGAACCAAGAAAGCCAGAGCCGAGGCAGGCUACACUUGCGAGCGAGUAG